AUGCCAUAUUACUUUAUACUUCCAGACAGUAAACCUAAAUGGACAAUUGAUAUUUUCAUGUCAUCUUUGUUAAAUGAUAAUAUAUUCGACUUAUCUGGCAAAAAUCUGAUUAUUUUAGUCAAAAUGAUUGAGAAUGAAUCAGACCAUUUUCAUAUUGUAAAAUUUCUUAAUAUAGAGAUACAAAUCGUUGGUCUUCAAAAAGAUUAUAUUUAUUAUGACAUAAUAGAGAAAUCUUAUGGAAUGCAAUUGGACGUCUUAUUAGAUGGAACUGUGUAG